GUCAAUGUCAAUCCAUACUUAUAAUAGUACUUGAAUUUGAUUAUCGAUGGAAUGGAAUUUUUUAAAUUAUAAAUAAAUAACUUCUUACUAUGGCUUCCAAAUUAUUAGCACUUAGAAGUGUUAUAAAUAAACCCCUAAAUGGGAUCCUAGGCCAACUACCGCAAUGUCUAAAUACUGUGUAUAACCUCAAAAAUUUUAGUACUACUUCGGCAGUCAGUUUAAAUUUCUUCAACAAAUUGCCUGCAGAAAAAUUGUGGAAGUCAGUUACUUCAGUAAGUAAUGCAGGAGCUAAGAAAGGUCGUGGUAAAGGCGCAGGGCGGAUUCGCACCAGAGAUUUAAAUCGUGGGCAGAUGAUUGGUGUGGGUAAGAUUAACAUGCUUUGGCCUGGAUUGUCUGCACCAGUAAUAAGAGGAAAAGAAUUGCUAAAGCAGCAACGUUUACCAGAUGAUCCUGAAAGAAUGGAAAAGUUGAUUAAACUCAGAGACUCAAUGACAAAAUUCCGACGGUUUAAACUUAGUCCAAUAGAAAGAGGUUGGUCUGGCUCACGCAUGCCUGGUCGUAGUACAGGCCCACCAGAUCCAGUUGGAGAUGAGGAGUUUACUGGUUUUGACACAAAAGUACUGCAACUCCGAUCAUUGCUUAUCAUGAAGGGCACCCUUGGUCGAACCAGAAAUUACCAAGCUGUGGUUGUCACUGGCAAUGGCCAAGGUCUGGCAGGGUUCGGUAUUGGAAGAUCCAAAGAAGCCCCAGCCGCUCUACGGAAAGCCAAGAACAGGGCUGGAAAGAAACUGAUGGAUUUUGAAGUGUGUGAUGGUCACACAGUAUUCCACGACUUCUUUACUGCAUUUGGAAAAACUAAAUUAUACGUCCAAAAGAAGAACAAAGGUUAUGGACUGAGCUGUCAUAGAGCAAUCAAGGAGAUCUGUGAGGCGAUAGGCAUCAAAGACCUCAGGGCCAAACUGGAGGGCUCUAAUAACUUACAGCAUAUUGUUAAAGCUUUCUUUAUUGGACUUUUGCAACAGAGAACACAUCAACAACUCGCUGAAGAGAAGAAACUUCACUUGGUCGAAUAUAGAGCAGAAAACGAGGAGUAUCCUACAGUAGUCGCCAGCCCUAGUUACGUCAGAACCAAAGAGGAAAUACCCAAAGACGAAACGCUAGAUUUCAGUCAAUACGUAAUGAAUGAUAGAAUCAUUCUCAGAAGAAAGAAAUUCCCCCGUUUCUAUGAAACAAUGCCACAUUAUGAGAUUUAUCUCAAGAAGUACGAGAAGUACAGAAACCACGAGAAAAUUCGAUUAAACUUAAAAACUGAGUACGGUGAAGUUAAAAGCUUUUUAAAUGACAAGUACCCAGAGCCAAAGGAGGAGAAAGAAGCGUAGUUUAUUAUAAGUCAUAGUUUAGAUUAAAUAGUUGUAAAAUAUUUAAAUAAAGGAUUCAAUUUAAAA